AUGCUUAUUGAUAAAGCGAUAAGUUAUGCGCUGGAUGUGAUGGUAAAUCGGACAGAGUUAUGUGACGAACAUAUAGACAAUGAGCUCCGUAAAUUUCUCAUUGACACAGCCAAUGCAAAACUAGUCAUACUGGAUGUGAUGCUUGCACGACCAGAGUUCGUACCUGACAACUGGGGUGGACGUGCUAUUACCAAAAGCAAGAUGGACAAGCCUACGAAAGCCUCCUCAACAUCCAAUUCCAGAUCUAAGUCUCACUCGACAUCGUCAACAUCAACCACAGCUGUAAAGCUUUCUACAUGA